GUAUCAUUUCCCUAAACAACUCUGGACUGAAUUGUACUUUAGUUCCUCAGUUCUAUAUUUUUGCAGAGGCAGAAACAUAAGCUCUUGUUUUUUUUUUUAACUGUUGCUGACAGAUCGAGAUAACUUUUUACUCCACCAUGUGUAACGAGGGAGCAACAUUAACAAGUGAAAGAUGUAAUAAAUUAGACAUCUCUUCAUUUUAGAGAGAGAAGAUGGAAACAUCAUUGGUUUUCUUUUCUCAAUUAAGUAUGUGCGAACCAAAAGAAAAAACUAUUUUCAAGUUAAUACACGGUUCAGGAAAAGAAGAAACGAGCAAAGAAGCCAAAAUCAGAGCUAAGGAAAAAAGAAAUAGGCUAAGUCUUCUGGUGCAGAAACCUGUGUUUUAUGAUGAUACUCCCUCCAGUAGAUCUGGGCAAUUGGCCAAAGAAACAAGAGUCUCCCCUGAAGAAGCAAUAAAAUGGGGUGAAUCAUUUGGAAAACUGCUUUCCCAUAAAGAUGGACUGGAGACUUUUACCAGAUUUCUUAAAACUGAAUUCAGUGAGGAAAACAUUGAAUUUUGGGUAGCCUGUGAAGAUUUCAAGAAAAGCAAAGACCCUCAACAAAUAAUUCGUAAAGCAAAAGCAAUAUAUGAGAAAUUUAUACAGAAUGACGCUCCACAAGAGGUUAACCUUGAUUUUCACACCAAAGAAAUCAUCUCCAAGAGCAUCACCCAACCCACCCUCCACAGUUUUGAUGUUGCCCAAAGCAGAGUAUAUCAGCUCAUGGAACAAGACAGUUACAUGCGUUUUCUGAAAUCUGACAUCUAUUUAGACUUGACAGAAGGAAGAUCACAGAGACCAACAAAUCUCAGAAGACGAUCGCGUUCAUUUACCUACAAUGAAUUCCAGGAUGUAAAGUCAGAUGUUGCCAUUUGGUUAUAAAGAAAAUUAUUUUUGCUCAUUUUAUUCAUAAGCUUGUUCAUUUGCUUCUAAGAUACAGCAUGUUUAUGUUAAGAAACGGGUACGUCUUUCAAAAUAAGUGUGUCAUUUGAAAUGAUUUAAAAAAUGCAAAUCAAAACUGUUAUUUGUCUAGCAAUAUACACUAUAUCUGCCAAGAUAUUCUGUAAAAGCUUCUAUUUAACUUCAUUUCAUCCAUAGUCAGAAAGCUGCUUAAUUAAAAGGCAGUAAGGAAGUAAUAACAGUGUUGUACAAGAUUGUAAAGUUAAGUAAAGGUUAAACUUUUGCAAAAUUGUCAACAGAUUGACCAAUUAUCGAGUUUGAAAUUUUUUCUAGAGGCAGACUAUACAAUGCUCAGAUAGACGUGUAUUGUCUAUGACACUUUCUAUAAUGAUGAAGCUUCUCUAUGGCUUGAUUAUAGAAAGUAUAGCAGCAAUCCAGUUCUCAUAAUGGGAGAGGAUGACCAUUUGUUCUUGGGUGACUAAUCCUGGCUCUUGAAUAGCAAUCUAUCACCUCUAGUUACAAACCACCACCAGAAACUUUUGGGAGGACACAUUCAUCUCUACAGAACUUCCAGAUCAUACAUAACCUAGGUUGAUCACUGAUAAUGUGGUCCACAUUUGGGCUCCUUCCAAAGUGAGCACAGACUCACCCAGUCACACAGAGCCACACUGCUGCUCACAGAAACAUGACCAGAUGAUGCAAUAGCUCCAGGGAGGAGCAUCUUCUCAUCUGUGAGGGGAACUCGCCACUAAAACAGUGGAUAGUCCGUCAUUUCAAUAACGACCAGAAGAGGUUUAUCCCCUGAGGAGCCUUCAUUUUUGGAAUGAGAAGAAAUAAAAGAGCAAGGAGUCCAAGGCCCUGGGAACUCAGGCAUCUGCCACAUUGGCUUAUAUUCAGAAAGUGUUCUUCCACUGACCAUGUUUGUGUUCCAAAUCUCAUCUCACUGAAUAAUUUAAUACUAUACUAUUCAAAUAAGAUGAUGCUAAUAGUUAUAUAUUUCUCUUGCUAUAAAUGUGUGUGGCAUGGUCUGUAAAUGUUGGUAUUUAAAGAUGCCAUACAUUUGGUUUUGGCAAAUGUUAUUCUAGUUGAACUGUAAAAUAUAAGCCUGUAUAUCACCUAUAGAAAUAAAUAUUUUUAAAUUUC